UCAUUGCACUCACCGCCCACUAUUAUUGCUACUAGUUACAAUCUACAUCCGCCGAACCGUAAAGAAACGCCGAUGGCACCUAUGCGGCGAAUUGGCAGCACUGGUCGCAUUGGCCAUAAACGUGGAAGAGACUGUAGCAGAACGAGCCGGAGUUUCCCUAACAGUGUACUAGCUCAUUCCCCACCUGCCAUGCCUCCGUGCUACCUGCAGCCUUCCUGUCUACAUUCCGUCAGUAAGCCUUCACAAAUCGCAGCACAAACAUGUAGACGACAUACCAUUUCUGCGUGCCCAGUCCAGCAUCAUCCGGCAUCUUGAGAUCGUUGACUUUGUAUACAAUCCAGAGGCAUGAUCCAUCUUCCGCAUCCACCGCCUUACCUUAGAGCGCACCGUUCGAUUUGAGAGAGGGCACAAAAUGAAUACAUGGAUCAGCGAGCAUUUCACAGCCGUAGUCCUUGAACCGCG